UUCCGUUGUUAGAACGUGAAUGGCUACGUCAAUUAUUAAAUGAAAAUGAAUUGCGUAAAUUUACUUUGAAUCAUAAUACUGUAAAUGCAAUUGGUAUCGACAGGAAAGCACAAUUAGAUACAAUUUUACAAAAGUAUAAAGACGUUUUCGAGCCGGGUCUAGAUCGUAUUAAAGAUCGACAAGCACAUUUAACACUCAAAGAUAAUGCUAAGCCUACAUUUAUGAAACAUCGUACGGUCCCUUUCAAAUUAUUACCGUUAGUUGAAAAGGAAAUAGAAAAUUUAGAAGCAGCGGGGAUUUUAGUAAAGGUCCACACCUCGGAAUGGGCUACACCCAUAGUUCCAGUAUUAAAGAAAGAAGGUAAAGUUAGAAUUUGUGGGGAUUACAGCGUCAUAAUAAAUCCAAACUUAAUAGUGGAUGAUCACCCGCUACCAACAAUAGACGAACUUUUUGCAUCUAUGGCGGGGGAAGUCCGGGAAGAAGAUCAAGCUUUACUUACCUUAAACACGCACAAAGGGCUAUACAAACCCACUAGACUAAUGUACGGAAUUGCUUCUGCUCCGGCCAUAUGGCAACGAGAAAUCGAAAAUAUUUUGAAAGAUAUUCCGGGAGUCACUGUUUUUCUAGAUGAUACUAAGAUUACAGGUACAGAUGAUACUGAGCAUUUACAUAGACUAGAGAUGGUUUUUCAAAGAUUACAUGAACAUCACAUUAAAGUUAAUUUAGAGAAGAGUACAUUCUUUAAAGAUCAAAUUAAACAUUGUGGUUACGUUAUCGAUAAAGAUGGAAUACAUAAAGACAAAGACAAAAUCGCGGCUAUUGAACAGAUGCCUACCCCUCGAAAUGUAUCAGAAGUACGAGCAUUCAUAGGUUUCGUAAAUUACUAUGGGAGAUUCAUUAAGAAUCUUAGUUCGAUUUUAUAUCCACUAAACAAAUUAUUACAUAAAGACUCCAAAUUUAUUUGGUCAAAAGAAUGUGAAAUAGCUUUCAGAAAUGCAAAACGGGCUUUCCAAAGCGAUGAGGUGUUGGCCCAUUACCACCCCAAACUUCCGCUAAUACUGGCUACCGACGCUAGUUCCUAUGGUGUAGGGGCAGUACUGUCCCAUGUUUACCCAGAUGGUAGCGAAAGAGCCAUACAAUAUGCUUCAAGUACGCUAAAUGAUACACAAAAGAAAUACGCGCAAAUCGAUAAGGAGGCAUAUAGCAUAAUCUUUGGUGUUAAGAAAUUUCAACAGUAUCUUUAUGGAAAUAAGUUUACAUUGUACACCGACCAUAGACCACUAGUACAUAUACUGGCUCCGUCGAAAAACUUACCAAUAAAUACUAAAUUACAUAGUAAUGCUGACUGCCUGUCCAGAUUACCAAUUGCAAACCGCGAUGAGACUACAUGCGACGUAGUUGACGUACAACAGUCAUUACCAAUUACUUUCGAAGAAUUGGUAAGAGCGACCAAACAAGACAAACACUUAAAGGAAAUAUUACAUUCGAUAGAAACUGGGAAGCGUAUGCGUAAAAACGAGAGAUCCCAAAAUAGAGAAGUAGAAUACAGCGUUCAACAAGGAGUCAGCGUUCAGCGCGGACAUCGAGUAGUCAUACCAAAAAUAUUACAAGCUAGAAUAUUAAAAGAACUGCACACCCAACACUUCGGAAUUGUAAAGAUGAAGAUGUUGGCACGUGGUUACGUUUGGUGGAACGGCAUAGAUAAUGAUAUUAAAGCCAUCACAGAAAAUUGUGCAGAAUGCAACGCGAAUAGGAAUAAUCCACCAAAAAUUAAACAUACAUGGGAACCCGCUACUUUCCCUUUUGAACGUAUACACAUCGAUUUCACAGGACCUUUUAAAGAAUACAAUUUUCUAAUAAUAGUUGACGCGUACACAAAAUGGCCUGAGGUUUUUAUAGUAAAUAAUAUUACAGCGGAAACUACAAUUCAAAAAUGUCGCGAAAUUUUUGCACGGUUUGGCUUGCCAAUACAAAUAGUGUCAGACAACGGACGUACUUUUGUAUCUAGCGAAUUUCAAAAUUUCUUACAACAAAACGGGAUUACGCACAAAUUAACAGCACCCUAUAAUCCGGCUACAAAUGGUUUGGCAGAGCGUUUCGUACAAACCCUAAAAAAAUCUUUACAUACUAUAAAUAUGCAAAAGUCAAAUUUACAUGCAUCAUUGCAACGUAUAUUAAUGAAAUACCGAAUUACUCCGCAUUGCACGACAGACAAAAAUGUAGAAAGAUACAUAGAUUAUUCCAUCGAUAAGGAACCCCAACAAGCAGUGAAUCCAUUAACGAACGAUAGAGUAGAAGGACCGCCUGUCGCGGAACAACCGAUCCGUAGAUCGGAAAGAAUCAGAGCGCCUCCUAUAAGAUACGGCGAUUUUGUAGCGCACUGA